AUGGUUGGGUUGGCAAUCAUUGUAAAAGUUGAGGUUGAUUAUAGGUUGGAUACAUCCCUUAGGGACCAGGGUACCUCUCUUCAGAGAUUAUCGAAGCUAUUUGAGUCUAGGUAUGGUGGAGUUGUGAACCACAACUUGGAUGACUUUGGUGGUGGAGAUAUAGAAGCUUGUUUUCUCUAUUUCCUCUAG